AUGGCGUUCAGAGCGCUCGCUCUUUCGUGCAUCCUCCUCCUCGUCUCGACGUCCGCGUUGGCGCAGCGCGGUCCGCCUGGCGGAGGCCCUCCCGGCGGUCAGGGACCGGGGGGCGCGCGCGGAGGCCCUGGCGCCGGCUCUAGCGGUCCCGACGGCCCUGGCGGAAAGCGGCCACACGGUCCGCCGCUGAACCUGACGGCCGUCGGGAAUCUGACGGCCGAUGUCGGCGCGCGACUGGCCAACUGCACGGCUGAUCAGACGAUCCUUGACGGCCGCUUCCACCUCGCCAUUUUCAAGAACGCCACCGGGAAUUGCAACCUUCUCGUCGAGGCGCUCCUGGUGGACGCGGCGGGCGGUCCGCCCGACUCGCUCGCGAUCGUGAAGGGCGCCGCGUGCGACGCCGCCGCGACAGCCGUCCUCGCGCUGCCGCUCGCCGCGGCGGACUGGCAGCAGCGCGCGGGGUGGUGGCUGCUGCACGCGGAGGCGCGCCUCGACGCGUUCGUCGAGAACGCGGACGCCGCCACCCUCGACGCGCUGCUCGCGGUGCUCCCCAACGCGUCGCUUCCGCGCAAGAGCGGCGGAGGCGCCCGCGGAGGCAGCGCUGGGGGCGCGCAGAGCGGACAGGGCGGGAGGCGCAUGGGGCGGGAGCUGCUGAUGCGCGCAUUUGGCCGCGCGGCCAGGCAGGGCAGACAGAAGCAGGGGGGGCAGCAGCAGCAGGGGGGAGCGCAGCAGCCGCCUGCAGGUGGUUUUUCAGGUGGAUUUCCAGGUGGAGAUAGUGGAGUGAACAGCACUGUGAGCGGAUAUGCUGUGCUGGCGAGCAGCAGCGCAGCAGGUGUGACGUGGGGUGGGCAGCUCAUGGGGGCCAAGUUGCCGGAUGCUGCUACUGCUGGUGCUGCUGGUGGUUCUGCUUGA